UCCCAUAGCUGGUGAAGCAUGGAGCUCCUUGUAAAUGUAAGAAAAUGGAUAGAAGAUAACAAAUCUGCCUUUUUGCCACCUGUGUGCAAUAAGCUUAUGCAUCACCAUCAAUUAAGUGUGAUGUUUGUUGGAGGGCCAAAUGAAAGGAAGGAUUAUCAUAUUGAAGAAGGAGAAGAGCUUUUUUACCAGGUCAAAGGAGAGAUGUGUUUGAAGAUAAUUGAAAAUGGGAAACGAAAAGACAUAGUCAUCCGAGAAGGGGAGAUGUUCCUCCUACCUGCUAGGAUACCUCAUUCUCCUCAGAGAUACGCAAACACUAUGGGUCUUGUGAUUGAGAGGGAAAGACUAAAGACAGAAAUUGAUGGGCUCAGAUACUAUGUUGGAGAUUCAGCUAAUGUCCUCUUUGAAAAAUGGUUUCACUGUGAAGACCUUGGCACUCAACUUGCACCAAUAAUUCAAGAGUUUUUCAAUUCAAGACAAUAUCAAACUGGAAAACCAAAUCCAGAGGAACUCCUGAAAGAAACACCUUUCCCUCUAAAUUCCACCUCUGUUAUGGAGCCAUUUUCCUUCCCAGGCUGGCUAAAUGAUCAUCGUGGUGAAAUACAGCAGAAGAAAUCCUUGAGUAUGUUUGGAGAUAACUUUGAAACAGAGGUUAUAGCUUAUGGACCGGGAACAACUGAGAAAAGUAAAAAGAAUUCAGAUAUCUGGAUAUGGCAGCUGGAGGGCACAUCAACUGUUACCAUGGAUGGCAAAACUCUAACUCUAUCUGCUGGUGACAGCCUGCUUGUCCGUGCCCAGUCUAUGUACUGCUGGAAAAGAACAGAAGAAUGUGUUGCUCUCUGCAUUGCUCAGGAUCCAAAACGCAAGCAGCCUUAUCCCUAGCUCCUGUGUCAGCCAACUUUGAUGAUAACUAAGUUUUAAUCUACUUGUCUUAUCUUAAUGAUCUGUUAGUCAGAACGCGUGGAAAUGUGACUAGUCUAAGCCAAUGAUUACACUGAAUUAAGUGGAGUC